GCGGCGGCGGGCGGCGCGCGCCGGGCCUCCUGCUUGUCGCUCCGCGGCUGCGGGACGGACCCUCCCGAGAAGUCUCUCGCCCGCGGCCGGCCGCGCUCGGACGGCGCCCGCCGGCGGCCGGGCGGUGCCAGCAUGUCGGCGGCCGUGGCGUGCCUGGACUACUUCGCCGCCGAGUGCUUGGUGUCCAUGUCCGCGGGCGCUGUGCUUCACCGCCGCCCGCUGGACCCCGAGGGCGCGGGCGGAGCCGCUGGCUCGGAGGUGGGUGCGGCGCCGCCGGAGUCCGCUCUGCCGGGUCCAGGGCCCCCGGGGCCCGCGUCCGUCCCCCCGCUCCCCCAGGUCCCCGCCCCCAGCCCCGGCGCGGGCGGCGCCGCGCCCCACCUGCUGGCUGCAAGCGUCUUGGCUGACUUGCGCGGCGACUGCGGGGAGGGCUUCGGGGAGGACUCGGGGGAAGCUCCGCGCGCCUCGUCCGGCUUCUCCGACCCGACGCGGGGCUUCGGCUCGACCCUGUGCUCAGAGCCGGCCCUGGCCUCUGGCGCGGUGGAAGUCUCCUGGUCCACGCACUCCUCCGACGCCCUUCGGGUGCCAGGCGCGCCUGCUGUCCCGGGAGUGCCUGCGGCCCCCGGCGGGGUCUCUGGCGUGGCCCCUGGCGUGGGUCCCGCCUCCGCCACAGGUACUGUCGCCCGUCGGAGGCCAGUUACACCUGCAGCCAAGCGCCAUCGCUGCCCCUUCCCGGGCUGCAACAAAGCCUAUUACAAGUCGUCGCAUCUCAAGUCCCACCAGCGCACCCACACGGGUGAGCGCCCUUUCUCCUGCGACUGGCUCGACUGCGACAAGAAGUUCACGCGCUCCGACGAGCUGGCCCGUCACUACAGGACGCACACGGGCGAGAAGCGCUUCUCCUGCCCCCUCUGCCCCAAGCAGUUCUCCCGGAGCGACCACUUGACCAAGCAUGCUCGUCGCCACCCAGCCUAUCAUCCCGACAUGAUCGAAUACCGGGGGCGCCGUCGCACUCCCCGCGUCCAGUCGCAACCCACCUGUCUAGUGGACAGCUCCAACUCCGUCACUGGCCAGGAGCCCAGCCUCACCUCCUGCCGGUCUGACAGUCAGUGCUGUUAGUCAUCCCUUCAAGGACGAUCCCCAGGCUGUUGUCCCUGCCUUCUCUUUGCCCAUCCCUCUCUCCCAGAAUCAUUAGGCCAAGGCACAGACUGGUUCCUUUGCUCUAAGGGUGGAUCCAGGCAGUCACGUUGGACUCUGGGGAGGGAUUGGGGACCUGUAAAUAGCAGGAAUUCUUACAACAGGCAUAUCAUCCUAAAAGGGGGGAGGGGGAGGUUGCCUCAAACAUCCCCCAGGAAUUGGUGAGAAGGAGAGUCCUGAAGAUUCUCCCUUCCCUGGAACCAGAGAUGUAAAACUGGAAUUCUUAGGUGCCCGAGGAGCUCGCAGUCUCAGAGGACUCUGGUGUCUUACCCACCCACCAGGGCGGACCUUGGAGACGGUGACAGGGGUGGCAGUCUUGGAAAUAUCCAGGUCUGGGAUGGUGAGAGGCCUUUGGAAACAGAAAUGAUUUCUAUUUCUGUGAACAGCAAUGUUUACUAAUUUAUUUUUAGUGUCUUUUAAACAGGAAUCCCAGGUUGAUGGGAGGUUGAUGUCCUCUAUUGCCCAAUUGCCCCAGCUACCUCUGCUCGGAGAGGUCAUGUAAGAGUCCAUGUAGACGUAUGACGGGGAGAUGCUUUUUGGUGUCUGGGGAGUGGUGCAAGGCUGUUUGCAGGUCCUGCUGCACGGUUUGGAACCCUGCACUUGUGUCAUCGUCUUCCUUCCCAUUUGGAUUCCUAUUUGGAGAGGGUAACUUCCUGGCUCACUCUGACAGUGAAAUUGGUUUAAAA